UCUCAACGCGGCUUUCCCUCAAAAACACAUUCCCUUAAAAAAAACCAAUCAAACAUAAUCAAAACCGAUUCUAAACCGAUCUAAACCGGUUGAAUCAAUUUCAAUUUCACUCUCUUAGAAUCACCUAAAACCGUAGAUGUUGCGAGCUUUAGUACGGCCUCUCGAGCGUUGGUGCUCAGGAACCAAAUCGAGCGGCGAUGCUUUACUGUGGCAAUCGGAAUUGAGACCACACGCCGGCGGAGAGUAUUCGAUCGCGGUGGUUCAAGCCAAUUCGAGAUUAGAGGAUCAGAGUCAGGUGUUCACGUCUUCCUCCGCUACUUAUAUCGGAGUCCACGACGGACAUGGAGGACCAGAAGCUUCUAGAUUCGUUAACAGACAUCUCUUCGCUUAUAUCCACAAGUUCGCUAAAGAAGAAGGAGGACUCUCUGCAGAUGUGAUAAAAAAAGCAUUUAAAGAAACCGAAGAAGAUUUUUGUCAUAUGGUUCAACGGUCCUUACCGUUGAAACCACAGAUGGCUACUGUAGGGACUUGCUGUCUCUUUGGUGCUAUCUCUGAUGGUACACUGUACGUUGCUAAUCUUGGAGACUCUAGAGCAGUUCUUGGGAGAGUUGUCUCAGGGGUUUCUGUAGCUGAACGGUUAACUACUGAUCAUAAUGUCGCUGUUGAAGAAGUUAGAAAGGAGGUUAAGGCACUUAACCCUGAUGAUUCUCAGAUUGUUAUGUAUAUUCGUGGCGUUUGGAGGAUUAAAGGCAUUAUUCAGGUAUCUAGGUCAAUUGGUGAUGUAUACUUGAAGAAACCAGAGUUUUACAGAGAUCCUAUCUUCCAGCAACAUGGAAACCCUAUUCCUUUGAGGAGACCUGCAAUGACAGCUGAACCUUCUAUUAUAGUAAGGAAGCUUAAGCCACAAGACUUGUUUCUGAUAUUUGCAUCAGAUGGUCUCUGGGAACAUCUUAGUGAUGAAACAGCCGUAGAGAUUGUACUUAAACACCCAAGAGCUGGGAUUGCACAAAGACUUGUUAGAGCAGCUCUGGAGGAAGCUGCAAAGAAGAGAGAAAUGAGGUAUGGAGAUAUGAAGAAAAUCGCCAAAGGAGUUCGAAGACAUUUCCAUGAUGAUAUUAGCGUGGUUGUUGUUUAUCUUGAUCAACACAAACCGAAGAAUGGUAAACUGAUCCAGCAAGGAGGCGUCACAGCUCCAUCGGAUAUCUAUUCGCUACGCUCAGAUGAAGCUAAGCAUAGACGGCUAGUCAAUGUGUUAUACUGACUCUCUGAUUAUGGUUUUGGAAAAGAUCCAUAUAGGAAAGAAAACUUGUUUACAUAUUUGUUUAAU